GGGGGUACGUAGCGGACCCCCGGUCACCGGAUCGCCAGCAGCUGGUCGCCCGUGCUAUUUUUCACUCGGCAUAAAGUAAUGGGCAGUCAGCGUCCCCGCCAUGGUCCGGGCUCAGUCCUCACACACUCCCGGAGCACCAUGAAGUCCGCAGAGACAGACAAGGGCGGCCCGCCGCUACCGCUGCCGCUGGAUGGCUACCACUCCGACAUGGACGAACUGGACAGCGGGAGCGAGAGCUCAGACAAGUCGACAGGCGGGGGCAGUGGCGGAGGCCGCGUUGGGAGUCCCUUGGGAGGCCCAGCUGGAGGAAGGGGUGACGGCGGAGGAUUAGGGGCGCUUGGUGGCAGCGAAGGAAAUGGCGGCGGGGCGGCCGGACGCCGAAGGGGCAGCCGCCGGCACGCUGGGAUCAGCAAGCAGCGUCAGGCGGCAAACGCGCGGGAGCGGGACCGCACGCACAGCGUCAACACGGCCUUCGGGGCUCUGCGGACUCUCAUCCCCACCGAGCCGGCCGACCGCAAGCUGUCCAAGAUCGAGACGCUGCGCCUGGCCUCCAGCUACAUCUCGCACCUGGCCAACGUGCUCCUGCUCGGGGAGGACUGCCUGGACGGACAGCCGUGCAUGAAGUACCAGAACGUUCUGCAGACUGGACCAGGCAGCGCCAACAGCAGCCCCAGCCUCAGGCCCAUAUGCACUUUUUGCCUAAGCAACCAGAGGAAGCUGCUGAGAGAUGGAGAAAAGCACACAAAUGUCUGAUCGUGGGACGGGAUGUUCGGCAGCAUACCUAUCCACCUACUCAUGUUUACAUGUAAAGAUAUUAGUAUUGUAAAAACAAAGUGACACUGAAAUGUUAAGAAAAACAAUCUGUAUAUUUUUGUAAUGACCUCAACAAUGGCACAAAGAAAGGCAGCAGCAACAAAACAAACAAACAAAAAAAGAUAUCACUGAAAUGCACUUUUUCCAUUUACAUGAUAAUGUGUGUCUUACGUGCAGUGUUUUGGUUAAGCAAGAGACAAGCCCUAUCCCAACCCCAACCCCAUGCGUAAAGUUGCACCUGGUGGGGAGGUUAUUUCUGCUGCAGAAAUAGUAAGCCUCAGUGCCCAUUUCUAAAAAAAAACUCAACCUCUCUCUUUCUCUCUCUGUCACCCCUCACCCCUACCAUCCUACCCCUGGUUAAAGUCACAUGAUUGAAAUAUGAACUGGAACGCCACAGCAGUUGCUGUCAGUACAGUUGUGGCCCUCGGCCUUAGCAGUUGCGUGAGAGGGAGACAGACAGAGGGACAGGCGGGUAUGGUGGGCGGGAAAGGAAGUGAGAGCAUAAUAAUACCGUAAUUUCCCGACUAUUAGCCGCGGCUUAUAGAUUGAUUUUGCAAAAUGUCUUCAGCUAUGAGGUUAAUACAGGGGGGCAGUUAAUAUGGCGUUAAUAUGGUUUUGUUUCUCUCAACUUGCAUAAAACACUGUCCUGCGGCUUAUACACAAUGCGGCUUAUAUGCGGGAAAUUACUGUAAUGAUGGCUAUCUGAGUGACUAAGAAAAAUAUUCUCAGGCCAAUUGAACUGACAACAGGAACUGUGAUAUGUUUAUCAGGCUUUAAUUCAUGACUGUUUUUAUUACAUAGGGAAUACGUUUUGUUUAGUUUAGUUUUGUUUUCUUGUGAUUAUUCCAUGUUCAAGGUGUCCAUAGUUCAGUUGAUAUACUCUGUCUGAUAGGCAGCAGAGAGGACUUUUGCUCUGAUCUGGGCCGGGUCUGAUUGUCGGGCAGCAGCUGACUGCAAUGGCCACAACCUUGAGAAAUGUUACAACCCCGCACAUUGUUUGCCAUUAUCAAAGGGAGACUAGACACGAGUUGUGAGUGACUACUGGCCAUAUGAGGCACAUGACUCACUUUGCACGCUGAUCAGUGUUGCCAGAUUGGGCGAAUGCCCGCCCAAUUGGGCUUCCUUUGAUUUCGUGGGGCGGGGGGAAAUAAGCUUUAGGCGGGCAAAUAAAAUGUUUAGUUAAAUGGUUCUCUAUGACAAAAUCGUUGUUGGGGCGUUUUUUUUUUGCUGAAGAGGGCGGGUUUUUGAACGUGAUUGGGCGGAAAUCGCUUAGCCCAACCUGGCAACACUGACGCUGAUGAACUCAAAUGGGCACCGGGGGUGAUGGAAGUCAGGCCUUACAUGUCAUCUUGAGUCACAUCCCUGACUGUCACGACUGUGAACCCUGCAUGAUAACAGAACAUAUUGAGUGUUAUGCUGGUAGUGUUGAACAAAGAUAUUGUUAAACUUGAAUAUAAAGUAUUAAUGUUUAGAAUUUAUAAGGUUGAGGCACUGUUGAACAAAAUAAUGAACCCCAAAUACAUUUACAAAUCAAAGUAAUUGAUAGUGAUUUAUAUUGCAAGUGAAAUGCACUGUUAACAUGGGAAUAUUGCAAUGAUAAGUGAAGGACAAAUAACUUAAUCCAUUAUCAUAAGUGUUUACAUGUAUGUAUUGUGUAAGAUGUCACUGAAAUCAAUAAUUUUGUUAUUUAGUUUACUCUACUGAAACAUUCAGUUUCUUGUUUCAGUUCAGAGAUUCAAUCAGCACUUUUGCACUGAGUUUAAUUAGAAAAAUAUGUCUCCGAUGACAUGCUUGAUCAUGUUUACUUUUAAACCACUGUCCACUGCUUGUGUUCACACCCAUCUUUGAAGCAAUUGCAUGAUGUUUACAGUAGUCCAGAAUGCUCAGCAAAGCGCCACUUGUUAAAUGAUCAUCUGAAAAAUACGAAAAGAAAAAAAAAAUUACCUGAAGAUACCUCAAUGAGGACUCCUGAAUGUAUCAAAGCCCACUGCACUCACCUGGGAAGCAAGGCCUACCUCUUACUUCUACCUAAAUGUGGGACAUUGUUCUCAGCAUACUUGAAUUGUCUGACUUUCAUCCAUAAAAAUGGUGUCCUUUGCACAAAGCUUACAAUGAUUCUGCUGCUAAAAAGAGUUGUGUUCUAUUUUUUUUUUUUGUAUAACAAUUGCUUUCCUCUGGUAUUUAUUUAAAACAAUAAAUU